GAUGUUUUGCAUGUGGAAUGGAAAAUGGAUUCCGAGUCUAUAACACAGAUCCACUCAAAGAAAAAGAGAAACAAGAAUUUUUAGAAGGAGGAGUUGGCCACGUGGAAAUGUUAUUUCGCUGUAACUAUUUAGCUUUAGUUGGUGGUGGAAAGAAGCCGAAAUAUCCUCCCAACAAAGUGAUGAUCUGGGAUGAUCUGAAGAAGAAGACAGUCAUUGAGAUAGAGUUCUCCACAGAAGUCAAAGCUGUCAAGUUGCGGAGAGAUAGAAUUGUGGUGGUUUUGGACUCCAUGAUUAAGGUGUUCACAUUCACACACAAUCCCCAUCAGUUGCACGUCUUUGAAACCUGCUAUAACCCAAAAGGCCUCUGUGUCCUGUGUCCCAACAGUAACAACUCCCUUCUCGCCUUCCCCGGCACUCACACCGGCCAUGUACAGCUUGUGGACCUGGCCAGCACCGAGAAGCCACCAGUGGACAUUCCUGCACAUGAGGGUGUCCUGAGCUGUAUUGCUCUCAACCUGCAGGGAACAAGAAUUGCAACUGCCUCUGAAAAAGGGACCCUUAUAAGAAUAUUUGAUACUUCAUCAGGGCAUUUAAUCCAGGAGCUACGAAGAGGAUCUCAAGCAGCUAAUAUCUAUUGCAUCAACUUCAAUCAGGACGCUUCUCUCAUCUGUGUGUCCAGUGAUCACGGCACUGUGCACAUUUUUGCAGCUGAAGAUCCAAAAAGGAAUAAACAGUCUAGCUUAGCAUCUGCCAGUUUCCUUCCAAAAUACUUUAGCUCCAAGUGGAGCUUCUCCAAGUUUCAGGUUCCAUCAGGCUCUCCAUGCAUCUGUGCCUUUGGAACAGAGCCCAAUGCAGUCAUUGCUAUCUGUGCAGACGGCAGCUACUACAAGUUCCUGUUCAGUCCCAAGGGCGAGUGUGUCCGGGACGUGUGUGCACAGUUCCUGGAGAUGACCGAUGACAAGCUGUGACUCUGCCUAUGAGUGCAGCUGAUGCCACCACCCGACGCCCUGUGGAUUCCUGGGGCUGGUGCCAGUGCCCCAGGCCUGUGGGUGAGGGGCUCGACUCCCUGGAGGACCUUGGUCUCGAAGCCAUACACGGUUGUCUGCCUUCCUGAGCAAGGCUUCUCAUUCCCAUAUCAAAAUGAAUCAUCCUCAUGGUUCUGCAGACACUCCGUGGCUUUGGGCAUCUUGUGCCCUUGCUGGCCACUGCCCUUUAGUUCAACUGUGAUGUUAGCGUUAGUGGCACCACCAUACCUUCAUGCCAGGAGACUCCCUGCAGUCCUAGGGACUAUCCAAGCAAGAGUCAGUAAAAGCUUGUAGGAAUUGGUGUGUCAGGGCUCACAUCCUAUAAAAUUCUAAUAGAGUGAUACUAGCAACUUGUCCAGUGGAGUACCUUCUGCCGCACCCGAGAAGCACUGUUCAGAGCACACACUGUAAGGUGUUCUGACCUUGUUGGGCCAUUAGAAUGAGUCACACCCCAGACCUGCCAUAUAGCAGCGUGCUUGUGGCACCCACUUGAGGCACAGUCCUCAGGCUGCAAGGGAGGCAGGGUCUCCUGGUUUAGUUUGGGUUAAAACAGAACUUCCCAUUACCUUUAGGGAACAAAGUAACACAUAGACUUUAAAAAGCACUCCAGAAGAAAGCAUUACUUAACUUAGGGGCCUUCUCAGUGCAGUGUCCACAUGCCUGUAGCUACCAGUUGUGUGGAGGGAAUUGCCUUGGCCUGUGGCGUCUACUCUGUCUCAUCUCUCCUGGCAUCCACAGGAACACACACUAGCAUUGGGGAUGGCAGGCACAUCCUGGUACUGACACAGGCUGCAGGUUCCAUGUUUCUGUGCCACUUGAGGUAUAUGUUUAGUUUUUUUUUUUUUUUUUUUUUUUUUUUUUUUUUUUUUUUAUGUAUCUUCUAAGAAGCUCAGUUUUGCGGUUUUGAUUUCAGGUUGCAAACAUUUAAAUUGUGCUCAGCAGCAGGUUCUCAGUUCUGCCAGUUUCCUUCAUGCCCCUGUAAUCAGCUAACUGUGGGUUUGAUGUCAAGUAUGCAUGUUACCUUAUGUGUAUUUAAUCAUGGAACUUAAUUUUGCACACUUGUUUGUACUGUUUCUUUGAAAUAAAAGUGACUAAUUUUGUUGUACUCUA